UAAGCGCAGCUCACGGAUCUUUUUGCCGCCUUGUCGCUGUCAGAGAACCGUUCGGCGGCCGUAGGAGCCCGGUGUACCGGCGAAAAGGACAGUUUGAUCCAGAAUUUUCUUACGCUCGUGCGGUUUUCGACUGAAAUUGGGCGCCAGAACUUUUCUAGGAUAAUUGCGCCUCAACAUUUGUUUAAAUUCCGUUUUUGAUCGUUUAGCUGAUAUUUAUUGCCGAAUUAAUUUACUUAAUUUUGUGUUUAAUAAACUAUAUUGUUUUUUCAUGACCUACUUAAGUAUAUAUAUAUAAAUGUUAAAGUAUAAUUUUUUUUUUUAGCUUAAAUGAUGCUAUUUUGACACGUCUUGUGAUGCAGAAUUGUUGACAGAACUUCUUUUUUCUGCUUGCUUUACUUUUUUCAACUAAAAAGCAGAAAUAAUCUACUAAAGCAGAGCAUGUUUGAGUAUUAAAGGGAUGUAAGGAGGCUUUUGUGAGGAUGGCCUCUUGCUGUGUAGCUUAUGGAUGUGGUAAAACUGCUGAAGAUGGAGUGACGCUCUUCAAGUUCCCCAAAGAUCCAGACGAGUUUCGCAAGUGGGAGAAGCAGGUCCAGAGGACCCGGGCUAAGUGGUCAGCAACCCCAAACUCUCACCUUUGCAGCGAUCAUUUUGGAAGGGAAUACUUCGAGGGCCGACCCCCCUCAGGUGCUCUGAAGCUGAGGCCAGGAGCGGCUCCUACGGUGUUUCUCCGGCCGCUCUGCUCCUCCUGCAAGGGAGAAGGCUGCAGGAAGUGUCUGCAUGCAGGCAGACAGAGACGCUCCACAGCUGAAGCGGCAGAACACAAGUUUUCUGAUGGAAAUGAUGAGGAGGCACAACUCGAGGAAGAGGAUGCUGACGGUGGGAGUGCUGGACACCUGGAGCCUGCUGGAGCACCGCAACAAUCAAUCACCUGUGAAAUGUGUGGGAAGACAGGGAAUUUCCUCACGUUCUAUUCAAAGACCAAACGUUUCUGCAGCAACUCCUGCUCGCGCUCCUACUCAUCAAACUCCAAGAAGACGACCAUUCUGGCGCGUCUGCAGGGCAGAUCAACAAAAAAAGCCGGUGUGCUGAAUAAAGUCAACAAACCAGACGGGCUUGUCAUCUUCGACUGGGGCUCCUACCUGGAGAAAGAAACGUCUCUGGCUGCGUCCGUCUCCUGCUUUGAACACGCUCCUCUGUACAACAUCUGGGACUCCAUCACUGUGGGGAUGAAGGUGGAGGUCCUGAACACAAACGCAGUCCUCCCCAGUAAAGUUUACUGGAUCGCUACAGUCAUCCAGGUAGCAGGAUACAAAGCUCUGCUCCGGUACGAAGGCUUCGAGUACGACAGCAGCCGCGACUUCUGGUGCAGUCUGGUUUCAGGCGAGAUGAACCCCAUUGGCUGGUGCGCCAUGACGAGUAAACUGCUGGUGCCUCCACAAGAUGUGCAGAACAUCCCAGACUGGAAGGAGUACCUGAUGAAGAAGCUGGUGGGGGGCGUGACUUUGCCGGUUAACUUCUACUUGAAGCUGGCGGAGAGCAUAAAGAUCCCCUUCAGGGUGGGCCUGCGGGUGGAGGUGGUGGAUCCCAAACACGUGAGCCGGACGCGGCUGGCCGCCAUAGACUCCAUCAUCGGGGGCCGCCUGCGGCUGGUGUACGCCGACCAGAGCGACAGCCCGGGGAACACGGCCGACUUCUGGUGCCACAUGUGGAGUCCUCUGGUCCAUCCCAUCGGCUGGUCCAAGAAAAUCGGUCACGCAGUCAGAACUGCAGCAGGCGGCGUGGAAACCUUCAGUGGCGUGAAGAACCACGCCGACGCCACGUUCACGCUUUUCAAAAAGCCCAGAAUGGUCUACAUGGGAGAAGGGUUCUUCGAGGAAGGGAUGAAGCUGGAGGCCAUCGACCCGCUGAACCUGGGGAACAUCUGCGUGGCGACCGUCCACAAGGUGCUGUUUGACGGCUACAUCAUGGUCGGCAUCGACGGCAUCGCGUCCAGCAGCGGCUCCGACUGGUUCUGUUACCACGCCUCCUCGCACGCCGUCCUGCCCAUCAACUACUGCAGGAAGAACCAGAUUCCUCUGACCGUCCCUCCAGGUUACGACCGUCAGACCUUCACCUGGGAGAAAUACCUGGAAGAAACCGGAUCCACGGCUGCUCCUACACGACUCUUCAACACGGACUAUCCCGGCCACGGCUUCUCCCCCAAUGUGAAGCUGGAGGCGGUGGACCUGAUGGAGCCGCGGCUGGUGUGCGUGGCCACGGUGAAGCGCUGCGUGGGCCGCCUGCUGCUCAUCCACUUCGACGGCUGGGACGACGAGUUCGACCAGUGGAUCGACCACCAGUCCCCGGACAUCUACCCCGUGGGCUGGUGCGAGCUGGUGGGAUACCAGCUGCAGCCGCCCCCCGAGCCCGGCAAGAAUGUGGAUUUAGGUGAAAAUCUGGUGGCACGGAACAAGCGAACCAAGCCGUUCGUGUUCGGGAAGAAGAAGAAGAGAGGGACGAGGAAGAGGCUGUCGGAGGAAAAAUCCACAGAAGAGGAGAUGAAAACGGCAGGUGAGACGCCUCCUCCUGAGGCGCCGCUCCUUCAGCCCAAAGCCGAACCCGAGGAGCAGGAGAUCUUUGCAGUGCAGGUGAAGGUGGAGGAGGUGGAAACUCCCGUCGACGUCCCAAACGAUCUCCAGCAAAUCUCCCUGAGUGGAGUCAAGAAGGAGGAAGAGGAGAACCCGGAGGAGCUGGAGCGGAGCAGCUGGGAGAGCGCCGAUUACCCGACAGUGAAGGAGGCUCAGGUUACAGAUGAGGAGGAGCACAGCUUCAGCUGAAGCAGGUUGGAAACCAGAGCAAACAGAACCUCAGAGACUAAAACUGUUGGAAAAGAUUCUUCUGUGAACAAAAGUUGGAAACCUUUUUAUACACUAUUCUGUUGUUAACAUUUGGUGACCAAUAAAGUUUUUUUUUUGUUUUUUAAA